UCUACAAGCACAACACGAAGGUGAAGCAUGUUUUAUUUGAUGGCAGCGGGUCCACGUACCUAAACUGGUUCGACAGAAACCGGGUCAAGGACUCUCCGUGGAUAGAUUUGAAAACGAAAUCCGCAAACAUCUUCAGCAUUGCUGGAGAAGCCUCUCCGAGUUAUAAUCUUAUCAGGAAGUUCAUUAUACAUCAUUCAUAUAGCGGAUGUCCAAAUGAUGUGGGUUGGUUUGUUGCAAUUGACAACCAGAAUGUAUACUGUCCAUGGGAAAAAAAUAAUGCAUUCCCCAUGUUUCUAUACGCUGAGGGGAAUGAAGCCGUAAAAUGGACUGGUGGCAAGACGAACCAAGCUGAUGUCCUUGCCAUCUUUGUGAAAUACUUCACUAUUCCUUGAAUCCCAAGUCAGACAAGGCUGAUGUUAAAGCUCUGGAAAUAUAUUUACACUCAUUACCUGCAUAUUAUUUGAACUCUUGUUUAC